AGAAGAAACGAAGUAGCCAGGGGGCCAACUAUAGAAGCGAGGAUCUACUUGGGAAGAAAGAAGAAAGGAGGAGGGCCAAAGUAAAAAAAAGAUAGAUCAGAUCAUGGGGGAUCAAAAUCCCUAGCACGCCUCCAUUCCCCAUCGGGCCUGGCUACACAUCUCUCCCUCAUCCCUCCUUCUCCUACUCCGGCCGCCGCCACGGCUAGGCCGGCGUGGUGGCGCGUCAUCAGCUCCUCCCCACGCCUCCACCAGCUCCACCGCGCCAUCUCCACCACCCACCACACGCCACGAAAUCCAUCCACCAUUGCCACUAUCUCCAGCCACCGACGCACCUCGCGCGCCUGACCAGACAAGAGGGUCACGGGCAUCUGGUCCUCCACGUGAGUGUCCCGUGCUGCUGAUCUUCUUCUCCUCACCACGCUGCUGCUCUUCCCUCUCCAUCUCUGCUGCUGUUCUUCUUCCCCUUGCUGCUCCUGCCUCCUCUCCGUUGCAUCUCCCUUAGCACUGCUGCUGCUUCUCUCUUCUGCGUCCCCUGCUGCUCCUAACUUUCUCAAUCUCUGCUGCUUCUUCUCUGGGACCCCUUGCUGCUGCUUCUCUCUGAACCGAACUGUUUCUGCUCCCUCUCGCACGAACCUGCUGCUGCUCUUCUCUCCCUGAUGCCCUUGCUUCAUCUCUGAACCAAUCUCUGUUGCUGUUCUUCAUCACCAACCCGAGCCAACUGUUGUUCUCUCUCUCUCUCUCUCUCUCUCUCUUUGUGUGUGUGUGUGUGUGUAAUUCAUCAAAAUUAUUGUUGUGUGAUGAUGAUACUUGUUCAGUCCGAAGACAUGUGUUGUUCUUAUUUUGUAGACCAUUGAGAGUUUGUACUGUUACAUUGUGACCCUCAUUUCAAAUGUAUGAGAGCUAGCUAUAUAUGUCAAAUAUAUUCUGUACUUGCUGAUGAUUGGUGUCCAGUUUAUUGUUCUUGUGAUAUAAAUACAUGUGUGUGUGUGUUUGAUGUGAAAUAAUUAUAUAUAUAUGUGGCCUGUUUGUCAGCUAGUGAUUUGUAUAAAUUCAGAUCACUACUUGUGAUUUUAUUUUGUAUUGAAUUUACUCUCUGUGGUAGUCAGUUGUGUGAUCAUUUAAUUUUCAGUCUCUGUAUUAGCUCUGUACCUGUAAUAUUUGUUUUGACAUGAAGCAUUUUCAUCCCUGUCCAUUAUCUUGUUUCUUCUCUCUGUCAUACACUUGUUAGAUAUAUGUGUUCUAGUAUUGUUGUUUCCCUUUGGCCAUAUUUGUAUGCUUGUGUCAGCGUCUACUUUGAAAGUACAAUCUGAACCUCCCUUUGUUUAUGUGUCUUUUCCUUUAUUGAUACUCUUGUUAGUGUUAGUUUAUUUUCUAUUUUCAUCACCCAAUAUCAUGUUACCUAGCUUUAGCUGAGCAUAGUUGUCGUCGCCUAGUCCCUAAGGAGAAGACGAUACUCGAAGUUUGGGGCGUAAAAACCCUGCUAUAUUACUAUCGAUCAUUUUGGUGUCGUUGCCGGGGACUAGCGUCGAGUGACCGUGUUAGGCUAUAGACUAGGUUUAUUUUAGUUCCGUGUUUAAUUCGUCGUGUAUUUCAUUUUCUGCGUUUCUUUUAUAUAUAUUUUUUCCUUGUUGUUGCUUUGGCUUAUUAGGAUACUAACCUUCUGACUAGUGUUUACUGUUUAUGAAUGUGUGUAGGGAAUCAUAAAUCUUUGCAGGUUGUUCUAUAGUUACACUUGGUUAAGAUAUGGCAUUGCUUCGUGAUCUUUGGAUGCCAAGUAGUCAAUGUUAUAUCACAGGACCGGUUUGGCCAACUAUUGAGGUAGAGAAUUUUGAGCUGAAGCCUGGUCUUAUUGCUUUGGUUCAACAACAACAGUUUGGAGGACUGCCUACUGAGGAUCCCUAUGAGCACUUACACCGAGUCAUGGAGUAUUCAGAUACAGUCAAGUACCAUGGAGUUCCUCAAGAUGCAAUCCUGUGCAGGCUGUUCACAUUCUCCCUCCGCGAUGAUGCUCGUGCUUGGUAUCGAUCCUUGCCAUCAAGGUCAUACAGUUGGAAUGAGAUAUCGCGAGCUUUCUUGGAUAAAUAUUUCCCACUACACAAGCAGUCCACAAUUCGAGAUGAGAUCUUCAAUUUCGUUCAGCGUGAAGGCGAGAGCUUGUAUGAUGCUUGGGAGAGAUACAAAGCCUUAUUCAGGAGAUGUCCUAAUCAUGGGCUCGAGAGAUGGUUAGAGUUGCAGAUAUUCUAUAGAGGAUUGACUUCAAACACUCGAGCUUAUGUCGAUAUGGCAGCGGGUGGAGCUAUUACAAACAAGACACUUGAUGAAGCUUUUCUGCUGAUUGAGAGCAUAGCUUCCCACCAACUUCAGUGGUACAAUAAGAAGCCCACAUCUGAUUCAUUGGUUUGCUUGCAACAAAUCACUACACCUCAACCACCAAUUCUUACAGAAAAGCCCGAGCCUCUAUCUCAGUGUGACAAGGUUGAGCUUGCAUGGAUUAUAUUUGACGAUGAUGACACCAUUCUAGUUGACACACACGCUACAGAUCAUCUGGAUACUAGUGUUGGAGAUUCAGUUUUGCAUUGUGAUGAUUCUUCCAUGGAUGAGCCAGUGCUGCAGUUCGUUGCUUUUGAUAUUGAGGAGUCACCUUUAGUUGAUAUUGAUCAUGUGCUGCUAGAGCCAGAUAUGGAGAAGUUCGCCUUUGAUGAUGUUAGCCGCAUUGAUUCUUCAACACUUGAGCCUGAGAUGGAGAGCUUCAUGGUUGAUUAUGGUGAGGUGGAUUCAGAUGUCAAGGAGUCAAGCUCUAUUUCACUUGUUGACAUGAGUUCGGUGGAAAUUUCUACUACCACACCUCACUUGGGUGACCAAGUUCGAGAUGACAUCCCAUGGGAUCCUGGUGGAUUCACGGCAUGGUGAAGAGGAGAAGCAAGGGGGCACACACGAAGAAGAGUGAAGCUGGAGCAUCCAUGAGGAAGCAAAGGAGAAGAGGAGCAACUUAGAGAUGAUCGAGCAAGUGCUACACCAUCAAAGCCCGGUGAGCUGUUUCAUGACCCCAAUCUGAAUAUAUCAUCCGUUGAUAAUGGUAAAAUCAUUCGAUAUUUGAGUUGCUUGAGCCAUUUCUUAAAUGAUGUCCCACUGGAUUUUAUUUGACAUAUUGUGCUUGAUGUGAACAUGAGAACUGUUGUUGAAUGCCUUGUAAACUAGUGAUCUACAUACUGCUUGCUUUGCUGAAAUUAGUGAAAUUUAUUAGUUUUGAGUGCUCAAUCCCUAGUACACUAGAAAACUUAAUCAUUUUCUGCUUUUACCUUGAUACACCUAGAUCAUUAAGUGUCAGAUGCUGAGUUUGUGCCUAAUGUAUUCCCAUUGAGAGCAAUCACCUAACUACUAUGGAUUAGUAUGCUAUGUUCCCUGGAUCGGUAGCAUGUGAACCAGACAUGGAGAAGUGAUGAUUCCUAUUUUUGUGCUUAUGCGUUGUUCAUUUAAGAUAAGUAAUAAUGAAUAAAUAAGUCUGGUCUACCUACAGUAGCAUGUCAUGUUCCCUGGAUCGGUGGCAUGUGAAAUCUGGUAGCUUGGACAGUAAUUAAUAAAAAAAUGUAAUUGUCGAACCAGGUGUAUACCAUGUUCUUGGGAUCGGUGGUAUGUUCCUUUGGGGAGACAAAAAAAACUAAUAAUUGGUCGAUCCAGGUGUAUACCAUGUUCUCGGGAUCGGUAGUAUGUUCCUUUGGUGAGACUGAUAAAAUAUUAUCAUUACUUCCUUCAACUUUAAUAAGUGGUUCAACCACAAUGUUAUAUUUUUGCAAAUAAGUGAUUUAAUUCAAGCUCCUUUUGUUCUCAGGAUCAUGUGAUCUUUAGGAACCUUUUGGCACAGUCAGCAUUUGAACUUGCUAAUCUUCGUUUAUCAUUGCAAAAGUUUAAAAUGGUCGAGUUUACUAGUGUCCUAUUGAUAUGUAGCACUCUUAACCAUUAAUUUUCACUAGCCAAGUCCAAAGCAUGCACUGUUUAGAGAUCUACUUCACUUGACAUUCUCUAGUCAGUUCACUGUUCAUGUUCUUGCUUUUGUCAUACGCCUUUGCUUGAGGACAAGCAAAAGUUUAAGUGUGGGGGAACUUGAUAAGAACAUUUCAUAUAUACAAUUUUGGCAUAGAAAUAUAUUAUUUAUUGAGAUAUGACCAUUAAUUCUUGCUGUGAAAUAUUGAAUAUUUGCAUGAAAAUCAUAUAAAGUAUCAUUUACUAGUCUUUGGUCUAUUUUGCAGAAAUGUGCGCAAAGGCACUAUAAAUCUUCAAGAUCCGGACUAAGUGGCUAAGAGAACGAAGAAGAGGAGGAAGAAUGGACUUGUGCAAGAAGAAACGAAGUAGCCAGGGGGGCAACUAUAGAAGCGAGGAUCUACUUGGGAAGAAAGAAGAAAGGUGGAGGGCCAAAGUAAAAAAAGACAGAUCAGAUCACGGGGGAUCAAAAUAACUAGCACGCCUCCAUUCCCCAUCGGGCCUGGCUACACAUCUCUCCCUCGCCCCUCCUUCUCCUACUCCGACCGCCGCCACGGCUAGGCCGGCGUGGUGGCGCGUCAUCAGCUCCUCCCCACGCCUCCACCAGCUCCACCGCGCCAUCUUCACCACCCACCACACGCAACCAAAUCCAUCCACCAUCGCCACCAUCUCCAGCCACCGCCGCACCUCACGCGCCUGACCAGACAAGAGGGUCACGGGCGUCUGGUCCUCUGCGUGAAUGCCUCGUGCUGCUGAUCUUCUUCUCCUCACCACGCUGCUUCUCUUCCCUCUCCAUCUCUGCUGCUGUUCUUCUUCCCCUUGCUGCUGCUGCCUCCUCUCCGUUGCAUCUCCCUUAGCGCUGCUGCUGCUUCUCUCUUAUGCGUCCCCUGCUGCUCCUAACUUUCUCAAUCUCUGCUGCUUCUUCUCUGGGACCCCUUGCUGCUGCUUCUCUCUGAACCGAACUGUUGCUGCUCCCUCUCGCACGAACCUGCUGCUGCACUUCUCUCCCUGAUGCCCUUGCUUCAUCUCUGAACCCAUCUCUGCUGCUGUUCUUCAUCACCAACCCGAGCCAACUGUUGUUCUCUCUCUCUCUCUCUCUCUCUCUCUCUCUCUCUCUCUUUGUGUGUGUGUGUGUGUGUGUAAUUCAUCAAAAUUAUUGUUGUGUGAUGAUGAUACUUGUUCAGUCCGAAGACAUGUGUUGUUCUUAUUUUGUAGACCAUUGAGAGUUUGUACUGUUACAUUGUGACCCUCAUUUCAAAUGUAUGAGAGCUAGCUAUAUAUGUCAAAUAUAUUCUGUACUUGCUGA